AUGGAAAAGCAAGACUUUAUACUCAUGUUGGAGCAAGCUCGUAGUGAGUAUCGAAGUCGUUUGGAAGCAGUAGUUGAUUGCAUUCGUUUGUUAUUGCGACAAGGGCUUGCUUUUUGUGGUGAUGAUGAAUCUGAAGACUCGAGUAAUCAAGCUUUUGAAACACUUGAUAUCAUUAUUAAAGAAAUUGGAGAUGCGUUGUUUUCUAUUUUAGUUGAUGAAUCUUGUGAUAUUUCAACUAAGGAGCAAAUGGAUGUUGUGUUGCGAUAUGUAGAUAAAGAUGGGCGUGUGAUUGAACGAUUUGUGGGAAUUGAUCAUGUGGCCAAUACCACAGCUGUGUCACUUAAAGGUGCUAUUGAUAAAUUAUUUUCUAGAUAUGGAUUAAGCAUAUCUAAAUUGCAGGGACAAGGUUAUGAUGGGGCAAGAAAUAUGCAAGGAGAGUUCAGUGGUCUUAAAACUCUUAUUUUGAAUGAGAAUCCAUCAGCUUUUUAUGUUAAUUGUUUUGCUCACCAACUUCAACUUGCUCUUGUAGCUGUCACGAAGAAACAUAUUCUAGUUGCUUAUCUUUUUAGUGUGGUAACUAUGGUGAUAAAUGUUGUUGGAUGUUCUUCUAAGCGUUGUGAUAUUCUUAGAGAAAAGCAAGAUGCUAUUAUUUCUGAAGCACUCAAGUGUGGUGAAAUUUCAAGUGGAAGAGGGCUAAAUCAAGAAACCAAUCUUAAACGUCCCGGUGAUACUCGUUGGGGUUCACAUUAUGCUACAUUGGUAAGCUUGAUUAACUUAUUCUCCCCUAUAACUAAUGUUCUUCAAAUAAUAGUAGACGAUGGCCGAGCAAACUCUGAACAAAGGUUUGAAGCAAGUAAUUUAUUAUCUUUGAUGUUAACAUUUGAUUUUAUAUUCAGUCUACAUUUAAUGAAAGCAUUGUUGGGAAUAACAAAUGAAUUGUCAAAAGCACUACAGAGAAAAGAUCAAGAUAUUGCAAAUGCCAUGAAAUUAGUGGAAAUUUGCAAGAAAAGAUUACAAGCAAUGAGAGACAAUGAAUGGGAUUCCUUUCUUAAUCAAGUCUCAACCUUUUGUGCUAAAUAUAAUGUGGAUGUUCCUUAUAUGGAUGAUACAUUUGUUGCCUAA